UGACAGUAUUCAUUUAGCGUCACCUUCCGUCACCUGCUGAGCAAAGACUUAACUGAACCUUGAGUUAAUGGCUUGGCCAUGUCUUUCUGCGACGACACACUCCUGUGUAACUUCCCAAAGUGUCGGUCCAAGCUGAGCGGCUUCGCCUGGGUCACCGCUUGCUCACACGUCUUCUGCGAUCAGCACGGGUCCGAUGCGUUCAGCCGCUCCCCGGCCAUCUGCCCGGCCUGCUCCUCUGCACUCUCCGGGAAGCUGGACAUCGUGAGGACGGAGCUGUCUCCCUCUGAGCAGUACAAAGCCAUGGUGCUGGCCGGUCUGCCACCAGACGUAGUUCUGGACAUCAGCGCACGUGCUCUGGCCUUCUGGAGCUAUCAGGUCCAUCAGGAACAUAUGUAUCAGGAGUACAGUCUGUCACGGGCUGAGGCCCAGCUGAAGCAGAUGGAGAAGGUGUUGACUCAGCAGAACCAGAGCAGAGAGCUGGAGCUCACCGGCAUGAGGGGGGAAAUCGACUCCCUGAAGAAAGUGAUGGAGGAAUAUAAAAGGAAGUACAGCGAUGUGUCCGAGAGGCUGAUGGAGAGGAACAGGCAGUACCAGAAACUACAGGGGCUGUACGACUCUCUGAGGCUGCGCAACAUGGUGGUGGAUGUGGGGGAAAGAGACACGCUGCUACAACCAGGACACCACGACUUUCACACAGGGGUGGCUCGGCCGGCGACUCCCCAGAGAAGCCCUCAGUUCCUCUCGGUGGGCCACGAUGGGGACAGCCGGUUCUUCUCCUGCCUGGAGGCCGACGGAGCCAAGACCUUCUUCCAGUUCAGCUCCCCUAGCAGGGAGAGAGGCCGGCCCUUCAUGAAGAAGCACUGAGACAGCAACAGAUUUCAUCACGGCCGGAGCGUAGUCACCGAACUACGUUUAUUUACAAAGUGUUCAAAUGUUUAGGUAUUCAUUUAGCUGGCAGUGUUUGCCCCGAGUUCAUUUUUGUCGUAUUUAUUGUAAUCUUGAACUAAACUAGGCAUGAAAUCUUAAUGUUCAACUUUAAGUCCAGGUCUCUACCGAACAUUUGUGUAAAGAAGUACUUGACAAGACAAUAUGAACUGUUUACAAAGUGCACUGCCUUACAGUCUUCUCUAUUCAUGUAGAUUGUGAAAAUAGGAGAUUAAAAACGUA